AUGGCCGGCAUCACGACCCUUAGAAGAAAGCAGUUCUCCAGUUGCGAUAGCUGCCGAAACUCCCGGGUGAAGUGUGACGCUUUGGAGGUUGUUACUGUAGAGGGCAUCCACGCCCUCCGAGAAUCAUGCUCGAGAUGCACAAAGCAGCAUACACUCUGUACCUUUAACUGGGUGCAGAAGCAUAAAAGCCACCGUGCGAGAAACAGACACCUCCUAGACCUAGGCAUGUCCCCUGUAACGCAAACAGAGCAAGCAAUGGCCCCGAGGCGCUAUACCGAAGAGAGGAGAAUGAGAGUCGAUCAUGGCCUGCACCUGAAUGCGAGAUCAAUCCACGACACUCUUUGGGAACUAUAUCACCAGAAUUUUGAAGCCAUGCUCGGUACCUGGAUUGGGGCCUGCCCGUGUUUGGAUGGGUACGACAUGAGCGCCUUUCGCUGUGACGAAUAUAGCAAAUCCUCCGAUGGUGUGGUCAAGGGUGACACGUACCUGAACGUAAUAAGCAUCACUCGAUUAUUUGUCACCCUUGAUAAAUGGGUUGGCUACGGACAACUCUAUCGAGACCUCUGA